AUGUUUGUCAUUGUUUAUUAUUGUUAUUACUAUUGCUAUCAUCAACAGCAUCGCCAUCCAGUACUAAUGUCAGCCUCUCACAGCAACAGCAUAGUUACCAUCAACAACUACAGCGCCAUUUAUACGCCACAGUACAGAACGGUGGCACCAUCGCCAUUUAGUCAAUUUGAUUCACAUCUUGCAAAAUACAAGCUUGUCACUGCCGUAUCACCGGACUUUUCAUUUCCAACUGUAUUUAGGGGCGAACUGGUUGAAACAAUGCUAUGA